AUGUCUUUCUUUGCUUUGUUAUUCAACAAGUCAGCGCAGCCACAGCGUUACAAGCUGCUCGCUUGUCUAACCGACUAUAAUGGCUCUAUCCAUGCACUUGCGAUUUCUAAUGAUGGGCACCUGCUUGCAUGUGGUGCAGGUACUGAGGGCAUCAAACUCUGGGAUAUCAAAUCUCGGAAAGAACUCACAUCUUCAUCUAAUCAUCAUGAAUUAUGGGGAACAGUCAGUUGCGCAAUCUGGGCCACGACCAUGAAAACCACAGCAGAAACCCUCUGUUAUGGAACAGGCCUGGGUUAUAUCAUAUUUUUGAGACACAGUCUCACAGAUGAAAAAUUACAGGAAAUCUGCGCUAGGAGACUGGCAUCAGGCUUCGAGAUCACAUGCUUGUUGUGGUGUUCUGCUUCCUCUGAAAGCAACCUGUGGAUUGUAGUGGGAACAAGAGACAAAACGAUUCAUGUUCUAACGCUCAACACAAGCUCGCAACUCCAGUCUGUCUUCGCAGUGCGACUUGAAAAUACGGUACCCAAGUCGGUAGCAUUUGCGGAUAACCAAGGCAUCUAUGUGUUCGGGCUCUAUGAUGGCAACUUCAUGAGACUGAAGGAUGAAGAUGGUGAAAUAUUGCAAGAGAUUAGCUGCAAAUCAGUGAUUGAUCAUGCUGCGGUGUAUCCAAAGCGGGGCGUUUUCGUCGUAGAUAAUGCGACAGAUGGCUUUACAUUGUAUCGUCUUGAAGGUACUGGUGAGCCUGUUCGAACAUUUGCAACUGGUUUGCCCAAUGUGUCGGUCCCAAAGCAAGUGGCAUUCAGGGAAGAAGGCAAGGUAGUUGUGGGAGGAAGUGACCAUGGACUAGUAUAUAUAUUCGAGCGGAAGACAGGGCAGAUAAUCGAGACCCUCCAUCAUGCAGAUGCUGGCCUUGUGCAAACAAUAUCAGUAAGUGCUAAGACUGGUCGGAAAGAAUGUCACUGA